CGCAGCUUCUGCGUGGGGAAGAGGCGGUGGCGGCCGAACCAGCGUAGUCGUCGCCGACGCCGCUGCCAGCCGCCAUGGAGGCGUACAAGCUCUGGGUGCGCAGGAACAGGGACCUCGUCCGAUCCCUCGAGUCCCUCGCCAACGGGCUCACAUGGAUACUCCCCGAGCGCUUCGCCAACUCUGAGAUCGCACCGGAAGCAGUAUAUGCACUACUGGGUAUUGUGAGUUCUGUCAAUCAGCACAUAAUUGAUGCGCCCACUGAGAAUCACUCAUUUGCCUCCAAGGAACAAUCUAUCCCAUGGGGUCUUGUUGUCUCUGUACUAAAGGAUGUGGAGGCGGUUGUUGAGGUUGCUGCCCAGCACUUUGUUGGCGAUGAUCGCAAGUGGAGCUUUCUUGCUGUUACAGAAGCAGUGAAAGCAGGUGUCAGGUUAGCUGCUUUUCGGGAGAGUGGAUACAAGAUGCUCUUACAAGGAGGGGAGGUGGUAAAUGAAGAAGAGGUGACCGUUCUUGAAAAUAGUUAUGGAGUAAAUGGUAAUGGAGUACCAGCCAUCUAUCCGAUGGAUGGACAUGCAGAAAAUGGUCACAAAACUAUGGCCAAGGGUCUGGAUGGUAAAAAUGGAUUUGUAUCUAAGAGUCUUGAGAAAAGAGCAGUAGCUGCUUUGAACAAAUUUGGUGAGAACGCAAAGAUGAUGUCUGAUCCUAUGUGGAUUCGGAGGCUCCAACCUACUCCUGAGCCAACUGUGAUGGUUGCCGAGAAGCCAACUUUGGCAAGUAUUUGGUCUGCUAAAGGCGGUACUGGGCGCUUGUUUGUUUUAGGGGAGGUUGUUCACAUAUUCAGGCCACUUGUAUAUGUACUUCUGAUCAGAAAGUUUGGAAUAAAAUCGUGGACCCCGUGGCUAGUGUCGCUAGCUGUGGAACUCACAAGUCUAGGCGUCCAUUCCCAUGCAACCGAUAUGAAUCACAGAUUAGGAAAAGUGCAUCAGCUCAGUUCUGCUGAGAGGGAUGAGUUGAAAAGGCGAAAGAUGAUGUGGGCUCUUUAUGUGAUGAGAGAUCCUUUCUUUGCCAGUUACAGCAAGCGUCACCUCCUGAAGGCUGAACAGGUUCUGAAUCCGGUGCCAUUGAUUGGCUUCCUUACAGGGAAACUUGUAGAGCUACUGGAGGGGAUUCAGACGAGAUACACGUACACAUCAGGUUCAUAGAGAUGGCCAAUCUGAGCCUGCUGCUCGCCUCUCGAUUUGCCCUGGCGGACAUGUGCUUUGUGCGAGUUGGUUGAUGGUUAAUGGUUAAUGGCUAGGAACUGGUGCUUAAUCCUGAAACCCGUACUGCUGUUUUUCUUGCCAACUGUGGCAUCGUCGUCUUGUGGCUGCGAAGCUGCAGCCACCUCGUUCGUGUAUGGCGGCAGAUGAGACAAUUCAUAAUCUAAGUAUAUAGAUAUAAAUAGUAGUAUUACCGGUUUGUUUGUAUUU